GAGUGACAGUGACAGCCAAUGACAAAAAUAAAUAGUGAAUAUGGGAGAAAAUCUUUGAAAAAAUUUUCAUUUCUUUCAAAAAAAUAUUUUUUCAACAGAUUUCUCUUUUAUGUAGGCACAAAUUUUCAUAAUUUAUUUAGCUAAAUACUUCGGUUAUUUGAGAUUUGCUAGGAGAAUGGCUCCUGAUCACUCCCCGUGUAUCUUCUGUAGUAUAGUUAAUAAGCUGACAGACACUGAAAUAUUAUAUGAAGAUGAGGAAAUAUGUGUUUUUCGCGAUAUAAAGCCAGCUAGUAGAUUUCAUAUAUUGACUGUGCCUAAAAGACACAUCGAAGACGCUAAAUCGCUUGCACCUGCUGAUAAAGAGCUUGUUGUAAAUAUGCUGAGGAUAGCUCGGGAACUGGUAGAAAAACACAAUUUGUCAGUAACUGACUCACGAUUUGGAUACCACUGGCCACCGUUCCGGAGUGUGAAGCAUCUCCAUUUGCACACUAUUGCUCCGGAAUCGGAAAUGGGAUUCAUGUCCCGUUUGAUAUUCAAAAAGGAUUCAUAUUGGUUUGUUUCGCCCGAUUACGUAGUUUCCAGAUUGGGAUGAGAAAACUAAAAUUAUGGAUAUUUUUUGUGAAAUAUUAUUUAGGUAAUGGUGUUAAUGCAUUAAGGUUGAUGGAAAUGUCAAAUAUUUUUAUUUAAACUUUACCAAAAUGUUUACCAAAGAGUUCCUAGGCCACAAAGUGGGCAACGCGUGUGUGACACCACUACUGUUGCAGGCUGUUGCUUGAUAGGCUGUGGUGACCACUUACCACAAGGAGGGCCGCAUGACUGUUUGGUAGUAUAGAAAAUGGAUGGACGAUAGAAAUUUUAAAAACAUUGUUUACCAGUCAACCUUUGGGAAAAAGCGAUUAAUGUUUAAAAUUAAUAUCAACCAAUAUAGUGUAUUCAAGGGCUAUUAUUAUUAUUAUUUGUAUCUCCUUUUGAGAUUCACGGCACUAAGUCCGGUCCUUUGAGAGGCUUGCGUGGGGAUAUGGAUCCAACACGUAGAGGCCCUUUGGAGAAUUUUGAUGUUGUGUAGGUCUCCCGCCAAGACCCGCUCCCGGAUAUACCAAUGAAAUGAUAUGCCCAUGAGCAGGUCUCGGCGGGAGUGUGAACUAUUGCAGAAUAAUGGAUAGAAGUACUGGUCUAUAGAAUGAAAUUUGGAUGGACUGAGAAUGGGCUUAUUAUUAUUAUUAUUAUUUAUAUUUAUCUUCCAUUCCAUUAGAAGCAAUUUUAAGGUUAAUACACUAAAGAAAAAAAUGUUCACUUAUUUGAAAAAUAAAUGCCUCUAAUUAAAAUAUUAA